GUUACUGGAAGCGGGGGGAGUGACGUCAUUCCACCCCCUUCAGGUCCCAUCCGUCUCUGGGGGCGCGCGCGCCACGGGCGGGUUUGUUGCUCGGCUCUCCCAGUGGCCAGGCGGGCAGCAUCAUGGCGGCGGCCCUAGACCCGGCCUGUCCGCGGUUCCCGGACGGUGACGUCGAGCAGGACCCCGGGGCGGCGGCGCAGAAGCUGACAGUGGCCUUGGAACAGAAGCCAGAUGAUGCAGAAUAUUACUGUCAAAGAGCUUAUGCUCAUAUUCUUCUACAGAAUUACUGGGAUGCUGUUGCAGAUGCAAAGAAGUCCUUAGAACUCAAUCCCAAUAAUGCCACAGCUUUUCUCAGGAAAGGGAUAAGUGAAUACCAUAUCAAAAACUAUGAUUCUGCUCUAGAGUCUUUCAAAGAAGGACAGAAAUUGGACAAUGUGGAUACUUCUUUUCCUAUUUGGAUUAAAAGAUGCGAAGAAACACUAAACAAAGGAUCACAGACUGAAAUGACUACACAACAGCAAACUCAGCCAUCAAAAAUCAAGUAUGACUGGUACCAAACAGAAUCUCAAGUAAUCGUAACUCUCAUGAUCAAGAACGCACAGAAGGAUGACAUCAGUGUACAGUUUUCUGAGAAAGAGCUGAAUGCAUUGGUGAGACUUCCAUCAGGAGAAGACUACAACUUGAAGCUUGUUCUUCUGCAUUCCAUAGUACCAGAGCAAAGUACAUUUAAAGUGCUUUCAACAAAGGAGUCUCGGAUGAUGACCCAGCACAUGUUGUUUGAUUUACGAACACUCACUGCAGUUUUGACAAAAUGCAAAGAAGGUACCAAUAUGAGAUUUCUAAAAAUGGCUAUGGCACUCGACCCAAGGCUUAAGAGUCUGAAGUGCCAUCCAAAAUCUGAGAGGGAUGUGGUGUGGAACAUGCUUUCAAAACUCUUAAAAGAGCAACACUCAGAUGCAGAAACUACAGAACCCAAACCACCAAAAAAGAAAAUCAACCUUCUGCUGAUGGCAUCUGACUCAGAUGAUGAAAGUGAACAUGCAUUGGUCCGCUCUGCUUUGGAUCAUUAUCGAGCAGAACCUGUCAUCAGCAUGGAUGCAUAUCCUCUGGAAUGGUGGUUGAAGCAUGAAGGGACAUACGAAUCUUUAGUGCCUCUGGCAUGUAAAUAUCUUGCGAUGCUGGUUACAAAAGAGCCAUGCAAACGCUUAUUCUUGCUUUCAGGUGACAUUGUAAACAAGAAGCGAGCAGCAUUAUCUCCUACAAAUGUAACCAAACUUAUUUGUCUGAGAGAUUGGCUGACAUAGGACUAGGUGGACUUGUAGGCUCUAAAGUUUUACAUUUUUAUUUUUGAAUGCAGUUAUUUUUUUGUACAUUAUUCCACAUUUGUAAGUUCAAUUUUCAUGAUAGAGAUUGUACUAGAGUACUUGUAUUAGGUGAAUUGAAAAUAUUAUUUCUUUUGUUUUUUAUAGUGCAAAUAGUUGUAAUCAAAAAUAAAUAUAAAGUGAGCACUGUACAGUUUGUAUUCUGUAUUGUAAUUGAAAUCAAUAUAUUUGAAAAUGUUAGAAAACACCCAAAAAUAUUUAAAUAAAUGAUAUUCUAUUGUUUAACAGCGCAGUUAAUCGCGAUUAAUUUUUUUUAAUUAAGCCCUAAUUUAGACUAUAAACUUUCUGAUAAUGUGUGAUGUUUUCUUUUGGUAUUGGAAGAUGCUGCAUGUUUGCUAUUGAGUGUCUUCAUUUACAGUGAGGUUCACUGAGUUGAUUGGUCAGAACUUGUUAGGAAGGAGCUCACUCCAGUUUGGGAGCUCUGACUAAUCAGAAGCCUGCUCCAGCUGUAAUGAGCUUUCCAGUUUAGGGGUUUAACAUCACUCAGAAAUAUGUUAGUCAGGAAUGUGUCAUUGCCUAGAAGCUCACUCUGGUUGGAAGUUUGGUGUAGCAUGGAAGUUUGCUUCACCCUGGGAGUUCAGCUUAGCUCAGAAAUAUUUUCUAGCUAUAGACGCGUACUCCAGUCCAGAGGGCCUAUCCCUCUUUGAGAAAUUUAAUGUAUAUUAGUUCAGCCCGGACUAAGACCUAGAGCUUCUAGAUUUCAGUUAGGAGUUCCAGGUGAAGCCUUUUUGCCUUAAAAAAGGACCUGGGGGGGGGGGGGGCGCGUUACUUCUAAGGAAGUUAAUUGAAUUUUUAGCUGAACAAAGUGAGGUACUAGACUCAAUUUGAUGGUAUCUGUCUGUAACAUAACUUCUGGAUGGCCAUUAAUCAAUUUCCAAAUCUAGGAAUAGGCAAAACCCUAUUGAUUUUUGUGAAAAAUGCAAAACUGGAAUGGAAAAAAUGGAGCCCCUGGCAUCUGGUUAGAAGACCAUCAGCUUCAAUCAGGCCUCUUUUAUUGUCUGUAGAAUAAAGGUGGCAUCCACUAAUGAAUUCCAGCAUAACACCCCACCAUCUUGGCUCUGCCCAUUGUCCUAAUAGAGUUUAAAAUAUUGACACCCUGAAUGAAACGUCUCUCAGACAUAGAGGGGAGGGGCAAAACAGGAGGAAGGGCCUGAGGGUGGGGGAACAGAGAGCCCCUGGAAUGGAGGCAAGGGGUUUGUAGGGAAUCCCUGAAAUAGAGGGAGGUAGGAGUGUGGCAGACAAAGAGUUUGGGGGAAGUCCCUGCUGUAGGGUAACUUUGACCUACAGAAGUGUGCAUACAUCUAGUAUAGGUUAAACAUUUCUUGAAAUUCUACUUUCUCUAUUUUUGUUAAACUUCCAAUUUAUUCUCUUUCCCUCCCUUCGCUGCACAUGAAUUUCACCUAUAUAUCAAAUGCUUUGACUAUGGACAGUAAUAUGUAAUUAGCUGCUGCACUUAUUAACCAAGGAGUAACCAUGGUAGGUUGGGGGCCUAAAUGAUAUUGAGAGCUACUCAUAUUGCUAAUGGGCUACAAACUGUAUUUAGUUAUACUGUAAUCAGGACUUAAAGUUAAUCUGUCAAGAAGCUUCUCUUGUGCUCUUAAGUUAUGAAUAUGUGUCAAAACAAAAAUAAAUUGAUCUUUAAUAUAUUUCAGUCCUACUGAAACAAAACUUGAGAUACAAGUACUUUCUCUCAAGUGUCUAACUUUUAAGCAAAAUAGAAAACCAGUCAAUUAGAAUAAAUAUUAAUAUUUAGAUAAUGUUUAAUGUUGAUAAAGUAAGAUCCAUAACAUCCUCUGUUACAAACACAAAAUUAGAACUUCACAGCAGUGUGAAAUCAGAAAAUAACUGGCAAGUAGGUUUGUUUCCAGUAGGGUCCUAUAUGGAUCUGUUCUUGGCCCUUUGCUCUUUAACAUUUUUAUCAGUGACCUAUAAGAAAACAUAAAAUCAUCAUGGAUAAUAUUUGUAUGUGAAAUUUGUAACAUAACGUUAACUGGGAUGACUUUAAGUGAGGAGUUACUGUAUCAAGAUUGAAUGUUUAUCUAAAAGAUAGGAUGUAGGGAUUAUUUGGGGGAAGGUCUGUGGCUGUGUUAUUCAGGAGGUCAGACAAGAUGAUCACAGUGAUCCCUUUUGGCCUUGGAAUCUAUGAAAAUAAAUUGUAAAAUGUGUUCACCUUUGUCCAGGCAGUGAAAAUCCAGACUGACAUGGUGUUCGGCAGAAACCAAGACUCUUCUCUGUAAUCUGUCAGUCAGCAGCAUUCAUUUCAAAAACGCUUGUUUUAAACACAUUUAAAUCUUAUUAAAUAUAAAUAGUGAUGUGUGGUUCACAAGAGUGUUUAUCAGAUCAGCUCUCAAGAAAAUUUUUCCCAAGUACAUAGGUUUCUGUUUUUAGAAAAUGUGGGUUGUAUGGUGAUACUGUACACGUUUCCUUCCUUUCUGUUCCUGCCUGCUGCUUUAGCUAAUGAGUUACUCCAGUGGAAGGAAACUUGAGUCGAGGUCUAACCAUGUUAUCACUACUCUCACUCAAAUGUUUUCAUCUGUCUUUAUUUUAGUCAGCUGCUGUUAUGAAAUGAUUUCAAGAUUAAGAAGGCUGCAUCUUAUGUGUUAAGAAUUGUUUUGUAAACCUCCUUUCAGGGAUAAUUGUCAUAUAAUAGGACUCUGGCUCAGGGCCAUUUACAGUAGAGGGAAGAAUUAGCUACAACAUUACAAACAAAUACCGGUAUCAGUGGAGCAGAAAAAACAGUAAAGCUUGAUUUGCAUUUUCCUGAAGCAUGGGGAGAGUACUGUGAUGGGCAGGCAAGACCUUCAGAAGGAAUCCAUGAGGUCGAGGUAUGCUGGAAAGGGAAAGCACUUCGGUUUCAAAAAUAAUAAUUAGAAGAAAGUGCAUGUACCUAAUUUAAAAGGUGUCCUCUUGAGUUUAAACAUAACAAUUGUUAAAAGUAAAGUUUUAGCUCAAAUUAAUGGCCUAGUGUACAAAUAUCUAAUUCAGUAAUUCUGUACAAUAGAACUAAAUAGGCAAAAGUACAAUACUUAGAUUGUACAAAUAGUAGUGGUGAUUAGUCACUUAUUCUGUUACUGGCUGAAUCAGAUCUCAAAAAUAAGAACUAAAGUUAAACUCUAAAGACCAACAAUAAAAAUUUGAGAAUAUGGAUCUAAAUCUGCCAGACAGCCAAGGCAAACAAACAGGCUGCAGGCUAACGUGAGUUAAUGGAAUGGUGUUAUACAAUAUCAGUUGUAUAGUGGCAUAGUCAUGCGUAACACUUGACAAGUAAAGGAAGACACAGUACCUGUCCCUGAGGAGCUCAAGGUGAUCUUAUUUUCUACACUAGAAAAUUAGACUGACCCAGUUAUGUCACUCAGAGGUGUGAAAAAUCCACACCCUUGAGCAACAUGGUUAAGCUAACCUAAAUCCGCAUAUAGAUAGUGCUAGGAAUUCUUCUGUCGACCCAGCUACCACCUCUUGGGGAGGUGGAUUUAUUACACUGAUGGGAAGGCUUUUCCUGCUGUGCCCCUGCAGCCUUUUAAAUGUAGACUUAGUCUCAGUAAAUUAAAGCAUAAACCAACAUUGACAAACUGUGGUAGGGAAUGUGAAAUAUAAAGAAAGAUGAAGACAGUGAAGGGUUCAGUUAAAUAGGUUUCUUAUCUCGCCCACCUUCCAGUCCCCAUUCGUAUCAGAAGAGGCUGCAACCAUCAAGGUGAAAUGCUUAGGGCACGGACAAAGGUUUAGUAGUAAGGUUGGAGUGUCAUUAUUUAUAGUAUGAGAGGAAGGGCCACUGUCUUUUCACAGUCUGUGCAGAAGGGUGUAAUGGAAAAGGGAAGGAUGAUGUUGAUGUUGAAUGAUGUUGUAAUCAAGUUCUGCACAGCUGAAGAAGCAGGGAGUUCAAUGACUGGUUUAGUCUGUUCUAAUAUCACUAGAGGGAAAACUUUUUACUCACUUUAUCCAAUCCAGCAUUAUGAAAGCUUAGAAGGUAAGGAGCACUUCACAUUUAUUAAUUGACAUUUGAGUCAUUCUUUGAGGUGGUGUGACUUGCCACACCUGGCAGCAUAGAAGCCUUUUUAUCUCUCCUUGACUUACAUGGAGCUCAACAGACCUUACAAUUAUCUUAAAACUAAUCACAGAGCUAUAGAUUAGUGAGUUUUAAUGUCUGAAAACCGAAAAGUGUGGUUAUUGUCUGUUUUUAGCGACACUUCUCUUACUUGCUUUCCAAAUCUUACUUAGAACUAUUAUAGACUUUUACUGAAGGCUAGUCAUAGUGGCAUAGAUCAUGGAUGUUCCCUGACUUCCCCCCCGUUCCUCCAUUCUUCCGUAACUUUUUUAAUUUGACACUUCCCCCAUGAAUUUCACUAUUGGUUCUUCACGAUCAGGUUAGACUAAAGUACAGACUUCUCUUCCUGAAUGACAGGUUAAGUAGCUGGAAGGAUGACUUCGUUCUGUAACUGAGACACUCUUAGCUAUUAAAGAGAAUCAGUUGAUGAUCUGUAAAACUUAGUGAUUUAGUUCUGAUUUGUAACUUUGUCAGACUCUCUUUGGAAAUCCAAAUUUAAAAGCAUGGAAGAAGUAAAAUGCAUGUAGGUGCUGGGGAGAAAAGACUUUCUAAGAGCAGAAGGUAAAGAUUGCCAUAAAACUUGGUUGGAAUGUUUUAUAGAGUAUACCCGUGGUCUGUAUUUUGUGGGGGAAGGAGGAAGUAGGGGAACUUCAUUCUGACACCUCAAGUAUUUGGACAUGAGUCUGGGAAACAUCUUCAAUGUGUAGUUCCUAAAUUUGGAAGCAGAACAAAUGAACAGUGCAUCCAAGUUCAAAAGGACUUGAAUCACGUAGGUUAUUGGGCCACAAAGAGCAAAUGUAGUUUAAAUUUAAAGUGGGGAAUCAGUCUGGGACUAAGAUUUAUGUAGAAUAUUAGUUUGUACUACUCUUGGACAUCACACACACCACCAAGCUUCUAGAAUCGAAGUUUAGUUCUACCCCCUUUUCAGAAAGUAGAAUUCAGUUGUGACAGAUGUACAAACAUUCUUUGCUGGGGCCUGCAAUGCUUAAAAAAAGGUGCUGAUUCUCCUAAGUGCUUCACCUAAGACUUCUAGUUUUUCUGUGGCAUGCUCCUUUCUCUCUUCUGUCUCUUCAAAACUGAAGAUUGGUUUCUGUGUAAGGUGAUGCAGAAGCAGGAAUCGCAAGGCCACCAGUAUUCUUCAGUUUGUUCUGAUCAGGAGUGACACCAGCUAAGUUUCAAAUAGCCUGGUUUGAUUACUAAUACUAAUGUUACUUACUAAAUAGCAUUUUCUAGAUUGUUUCAUUUUGUAGGCUUUACUGCUAGAAAUGCAGACAGCAGUAAUAGCAAGUGACUUCAUUUUUAGAAAAGAAAGUUUCAAAAGAAAUGGAAUUAAAUAUUUUUCAGAAACUGCUGCAGUAAGGUGCUGAACACUCCAAAUAAGAAGAAUAGAGGGAGAUAAUGUACUAAGUUUUCUGAAUAUUAAAUUGGUGGGAGGAGGAAGCUGUUGAGGCAAUGUGUUCCUGCGCUUAGGAACAGCAGUUGAGAUCAGAGUAUAUGGUGGAGGAGGAAGCCUUGUUUUGCUUUGGGCUGAUCUUCUUAGACCUGAGAGUAUGUUAAAACACAUAUAUUGAAGUCCUUGCCUCUUUUGGGGGUGUUCUCAUCACCGCUAAAGUUCCGUGUUUUUCACUUUUCCAGGUUGUUGGUAAACAAAGUAAAUAUCUAUGUAAACUUGUGUAGGAAAGGGAAAUGAUGGUGUGCAGCCCUCCCAAAGAAAAUGCAGGGAUAACUGAAUGUUUCAUGCAUUUUAAAACCCAACAUACAGCUUUGAAUACGCUGGACUUCAAAGCAGAAACCUAGGGAUUGAACAAAUGACUGUGAGUUUACUUCCUGUUUUAAAAACCAUCUUAAAUUAUUGCUUACCUGCAGAUGAUUUGAUGAAUGGAUGAAGUAGUUCAAAUUUCUGAUCAGCAUGAUGCUGUUUAAGCAACUUGUUACUAGGAGCUCUGGAGCUAGCAUUUUACAAAGGUCUCUUUGUUCUUAGGUCUGCAGGGAUCCCCGGGUUAUAGUGGCUUUAGGUAAAACUAUGUAUUCUGAUCAGACAAAAUAGGGAAUUUUUAAUAAUUAAGACACAAUUUAAGGUACUGUAGCAUCGUACUAACUGCAUUCUUGUAAGUGAACAGUAUAAUUCUGUUUUGAGGUGAAGUUGUCUUAAAUAUAAAUACUUCUGUAGCAUUUAGGAAAAUUGUAUCUGUUUUGGAUUUUCCCAUUGGCUAUUGAGUUAGAGUUGCAAAGCAAAAAUAUAAGUUUAACAACUGUGAGAAGGCAUCUGAAUAUGGCUGUUUAGAGAGCUGUUUUAGAUUGCAUUUACCGUGUCCACACUCACUGCCAAAUUUGGAAUGAAUACCAGACAUUUUCUCCCCCAACAGUCUUAAAGACUAGGUUUUUAUUUAUCCACAAAACCAGCUAACACCAUAGAGUUUUUAAUGCCUUCUGGAAACUGUUAAUAGCGUCAGGCUAUUGCGAGGUCUGUAAUUAUGUAUUGUGCUUCAAAUACUAAACCUUUAGAUAUGAGAGAAGUUUGAGGUAAGCUACUGAAUUCUGAUUCUGCAGCCCUUUCGAUGUAAAAGAUGCAUUUCAUUCUUAUGUAUAACUUGUAUUGCUAUAGUGCUCAAAGGCACUAAGAAGGGGAUUAAUUUUGCUAGAUACUGUACUGACAUGCAGAAAGACACAGUCCCUGCCCAAGAGUUUACAAUCUUAAUUCGAAACAAGACUCGAAUGAAUAAUAAACAAUAGGGAGUAAAAAGGGAGGAGAAUCAGUGCAAUAAAAUUAUGCAGAGGUUAACUUUUGUGUAACUGGGUGGCAUAGAUUUGAGAUUUUUUACUCUGACUGUCCUGCAACCUAGCCUACUUUAAUCUGCAAAACUAUUUAUUGUGAUCUGGAAUUACAGGUUUUGGUCUUUAUACAUCUUGUAUGUUCUAUAGAUUGAGAUAAAAAUGAAGAAGCCAGAGGCUAUAAGAUGGGAGAAGCUGGAGGGGCAAGGAGAUUCUCCUAAGCUAAAACAA